GCAACACGGCCCGAAGGCGCCUCAAACAACGAGCUCCAACCUCAGUCAAUCCCUAAAAUACGGCUUUCACUCCCGGAAAGCCCUCGCAAUCCACCGCAGCAGUCGCCCGAAGCAAGAGAGUGCCCGACUUCUAUACGAUCCACCGCCGAUUUGCAGUAAACCAACCCCACUCCAGUCCCAAGAUGGACAUCAGCACAAAAAAGCGCCGCAUCGCCCUCGGCUGCGAGGGCUCGGCCAACAAGCUCGGCAUCGGCGUGAUCCUGCACACGGGCGAUCCGGGCUCCGCCUCCAGCACGUCCACGGUCCUCUCCAACGUGCGGCACACCUUCGUGUCGCCGCCGGGCACGGGCUUCCUGCCCAAGGACACGGCGCAGCACCACCGGGCCUUCUUCGUGCGGCUGGCGCGGCGGGCGCUGGCCGAGGCGGGCGUGCGCGUCGCCGACAUCGACUGCAUCUGCUACACGCGGGGGCCGGGGAUGGGCGCGCCGCUGACGUCGGUGGCCGUGGCGGCGCGCACGCUGGCGCUGCUGUGGGGCAAGGAGCUGGUCGCCGUCAACCACUGCGUCGGCCACAUCGAGAUGGGGCGGGCCAUCACGGGCGCCGACCACCCGGUGGUGCUGUACGUGUCCGGCGGCAACACGCAGGUGAUCGCGUACGCGGAGCAGCGGUACCGCAUCUUCGGCGAGACGCUCGACAUCGCCGUCGGCAACUGCCUCGACCGCUUCGCGCGCGCGCUGCAGAUCAGCAACGACCCCGCGCCCGGGUACAAUAUCGAGCAGCUGGCCAAGCAGGGCGGGCGGGUGCUGCUGGAUCUGCCGUAUGCUGUGAAGGGGAUGGAUUGUUCGUUUAGCGGCAUCCUGACGAGGGCGGAGGAGUUGGCGGCGCACAUGAAGGCCGGUGGGAAAGGCCCCGAUGGGGAGCCGUUUACCGCCGCGGAUCUGUGUUUCAGUCUGCAGGAGACUGUGUUCGCGAUGCUCGUGGAGAUCACCGAGCGGGCGAUGGCGCAUGUGGGGAGCACUCAAGUACUUAUCGUCGGCGGCGUCGGGUGCAAUGAGCGGCUGCAGGAGAUGAUGGGCGCCAUGGCGGCGGACCGCGGCGGGAGCGUCUAUGCGACGGAUGAGCGCUUUUGCAUAGACAAUGGCAUUAUGAUUGCGCAUGCAGGACUGCUGGCCUACGAGACGGGGUUCCGGACCCCGAUCGAGGAGAGCACAUGUACGCAGCGGUUCAGAACAGACGAGGUGCUGGUCAAAUGGAGGAGGUAGAACGCUAUCUCAUAUUUCCGCAUAAGCGGGACCAAUCUCCUAGUGAACAUACAUGCAUGGCUGGCCCUCCCAUCGCCGACGCUG